CUUCAUUGUCAUAAUGCCUUUUGCACAGCUUGUUAUAGGGCCCCCAGGCUCGGGCAAGUCGACGUACUGCGACGGCAUGCAUCAGUUCAUGUCCGCCAUCGGUCGCAAAUGCUCUGUCGUGAACCUCGAUCCUGCAAACGACCGCACGUCAUAUCCCGUCGCACUGGAUGUACGAGAUUUGGUCACCAUUGACGAGAUAAUGGAGCAGGAGGAUUUAGGUCCAAAUGGUGGUGUACUGUAUGCGCUUGAAGAACUAGAACACAAUUUCGAGUGGCUAGAGGAGCGGUUGAAGGCUCUCGGAGACGACUACAUUCUCUUCGACUGCCCAGGCCAGGUUGAGCUCUUCACACAUCAUUCUUCUCUACGUAACAUAUUCUUCCGCCUUCAAAAAUUGGGGUAUAGACUAGUAGUAUUGCAUCUUACCGACUCUAUCGUGCUAAGCCGACCCUCGCUGUACAUAUCAUCAUUACUGCUUGCCCUACGGAGCAUGUUACAGAUGGAUCUUCCACACCUUAACGUUCUGACCAAGAUCGACAAUCUGAGAAACUACCCUAACCUGCCCUUCAACCUGGAUUUUUACACCGAAGUACAAGACCUCUCAUAUUUGCUCCCAUUCUUGGAUAAAGAACAGACCUCUGGUAUACCAGGGCCGCAGCCUGCCGACUUAGCGACGACGGGCUCCGACGUAGACAACAACCCUCCUACGUCCAAGUUCUCCGCUCUGAACGAAGCUAUAGUAGACCUAGUCCAAGACUACGCUCUUGUUGGGUUCGAAACACUUGCCGUGGAGGAUAAAAGGAGUAUGAUGAUCCUCCUUCGCGCGAUUGAUCGCGCUGGCGGUUAUGCAUUUGGCGGGGUUGAAGGGGCCAAUGACACCGUUUGGCAGGUUGCGAUGCAGCAGGACGCCAUUACUAUGGAUGCUCGCGAUGUGCAGGAGCGGUGGCUAGACCGGAGAGAAGGAAUGGACGAAGAGGAGAGGAAAGCGUGGGAGCAGGAGGUUGGACCUGUGUCAGAUACUGCAGUCGGUGAUGCCCAAGGCGCCGUGGAAACCAAGGUUCCAAACGACGCCGGAAAUCGCGCAAGACCUAACGAUGACGAGGAUAUGGAAGAUCUAGAGGAGAUGAAGAAGUUCAUGGAGAAGAAAGAUAGCGGGAUCAAGAUCGUGAGGAAAUAAUGAGAACGAUGUAGUUGGAUUGCAAC